AGAAAUGAUCAAAAUAGGACUAUAUUCUUGAAAAUUACUAUUUUUUUUCUCCAGUAAUUUAUAAGAAAUAAGUUUAAUCAAGGCAAACUGGAUUAUUUAUUAAUUAUAAAUAGCAAACUGGAUGAAUAUAAAUCACAUAUGCUUUAAAUUGGUAUACAUUAAAGUUCAAGUCUUAAUGUGAAUUUUAAAACUUAAUUUUGACCUAUAAAAAAUUACUUAAUGGGUUUUAAAUCCUGUAUCUGGAACAAAUGGAUAGUGUUAAAGUUGCCCUACGUAUUCGACCAUUGGUAAAUUCUGAAAUAAACAUUGGUUGUCGAGCGUGUAUUGAACGAAUACCAAAUGAACCUCAAAUCACCAUUGGAAAAGGGGCUCAAAUGUUUACUUUCAAUUAUGUUUUUGAUGAGAAUGAAGGUCAGAUUAAAAUUUAUGAUGAAGCUGUGAAGUCAUUAAUAGACAACCUUUUUAAUGGAUAUAAUGUGACAAUACUGGCUUAUGGACAAACAGGGUCUGGAAAAACUUAUACAAUGGGUACAAAUUACUCUGGAGAAGAAGAACUGGGCAUAAUUCCUAGAGCAAUAUAUGACAUCUUCAACAGAAUCAAUACAGAUCUUGAAAAUGAAUUCAAAGUAACUGUAACAUUUGUUGAGCUUUACAAUGAAAGUUUAUAUGAUCUACUUACUCGAAAACCUCGUGAGCAAAGCAUAGUUGAAAUGAGGGAAGUAGUUGGAGGAAUAUGUAUUCCUGGAUUAACAGAAAUAGAGGUGAAUUCACCUAAUGAAACAUUGAAUAAAUUAAAAGAGGGAUCGACAGGGCGAGUUGUAGGUUCUACUGCAAUGAAUGCCCAAUCUUCAAGGUCCCAUGCGAUUUUCACGAUUAGUGUUAGGAUUGUGAAUAAGAAUAAUAUUGUGAAUUCAAAAUUUCACUUGGUUGACCUUGCUGGUUCAGAAAGGUCCAAAAAAACUGGAACUACAGGAGAGAGAUUUAAAGAGGGUGUAAAUAUUAAUAAAGGAUUGCUUGUCCUUGGAAAUGUCAUAUCUCAGUUAUGUGAAGGAAAUCAUGGAUACAUUAACUACAGAGAUUCUAAAUUAACCAGAUUGCUUCAAGAUUCAUUAGGAGGGAAUUCAGUCACUCUUAUGAUUGCAUGUGUCAGCCCAGCUGACUAUAAUCAAGAUGAGACAUUAAGUACUCUUCGUUAUGCUGAUCGAGCCAGAAAAAUAAAAAAUAAACCCAUCGUUAACCUGGAUCCUCAAUUAGCUGAAAUAUCUAGACUUCGGAGGGAGAAUGAAGAACUUCGCUUGAAGAUGAUAGGUGGAAAUAUUUCAGUCUGCCCUCCGGAACAUCAAUGUUUGGAAGAAAAACUUACUGAUGCCUCAAAGAAAAUAAAUGAACUUGGAAAAGUCCUUGGAAAUGUUUUAACUCAAAACACAAACAUGUUUGAAAAAACAUUGUCUAUUGAAAAUGCUGAAUCUGCAUUGAAAAUAAAAUUGAAUGAACUUUUUAAAUUGGUAACAGAAGGAAUGUCUAAUAAUGAACCGCAUUGGAAUGAUGUUAAAACCAAGAUAGCAGAAGUUCAGGAUGAGCAGAGAAAGUUAGAAACUGAAAUUUGCACCUUAGACAAAGAUACUGUGAAACAGAACGAUGAAAAAGAGGAUAAUAUAGAGGGAGAUGUACAAGAUGAUGUAUUAAGCAAACAACAAGACCAUAUUCUACUUCAAGCAAAAAUAAACAAUGAAAUCUUGAUAUUAUCUAAGAAUCUCAAAUGGAAGGAGGAACUCGUUGAACAGCUCACAGAUAACUCCUCAGCAGUAAGCAUUGAAGAGUUGAAAAAACAGUUGGUUGAACUUCAGCAGGAAAAGGAGGAGCUACUGAAACAGAUAAAAAAUAGUAGCCAGCAGCAUGCCCAAAAUUCUUCUGCUAAGGUUGCUGAAAGUAGAAGAAAACGUCUCCAGGAACUUGAAGCCAAAGUGGCUACAUUAAUGAAAAAAGUGGUUGAACAGGAAAGAAUAAUUAAGGUGAAAGAGAAAUCAGAAGAAAAGAUAAAAAAACUAAGACAAGAAAUAGUGGAAAUGAAACAGCUAAAAGUAAAACUUAUACAACAAAUGAAAAGUGAAAAUGAUAAAUUUAAAACAUUUAAAGCUCAAAAAGAUCGUGAGGUGUGUCAGUUGAAAAAUCAAAAUAUAAAAAAACAAAAUGAGCUAAAGAGAAUGGAACAAAUGCAUGUAAAGCAACAAAAUGUUCUUCGAAGGAAACUAGAAGCCGCUGCAGCAGCAAAUAAACGUGUCAUGGUUGCCUUGGAAAGACAAAAAGCUGCCAGGGAUAAAAAGUCGAAAGGACCAUCUUCUGAAAAGAUCAAAGAAAGAAUGACAGAAGAAUUAGAACUUUUAGAAUCUGAGUAUCAAGCUCAAAAAUCUUUAGAUUAUCUCAUGGUAGACAGAGCUGCAUUAUGCAAAGAGCUUGCAGUAAUAAAGGGAUCGCUCGCAGAUAAAAGUAUUUCUGAUGAAGAAAAAAUAAAAUUAAAAACAGAUGCUAAACAAGUAGAACAUGAGUUAGAAUUGAGGACAGUUGAAAUAUCAGAUUUACAACAGAAACUAAUUGAUAUUCAUCAAGAUGAUCCAGCAAGAAGUUACUCCGAUAUUAUUCAAUCUAUGGCUGAUGCUAAGUGUGCCCUGUCUUUUCUAUUCAAUAUAACUUCUGAAAAAAUAAUAGAAAGUCUAAAUAAAUCUAUACUGCUUAAUGAAGUGAUGGAUCAGCAGGCAGAAAUAGAGCAGCAAUUGGAUGAGUAUAAGAAAAGAUUAUCAAAUUUUGAACAAUACCACAAACAAACAAUAAAAAGAUUAGAACAACAGUGUGAAGAAAAGGUUGAUGGUAUCAUCAAACUUGCUGUUGAAACUAAAGAAGGAUCACUCUCAGAAACAUUCAGAAUUGAUUCAGAAAAUCCAGAAAUAUUAAAAAAAAGUUUUAAUGAUAUAGAAGAAGAAAACUGUGGACUUAAUAAUAACCAAGAGGUAAAAAAGAGCUCUGGAGUUUUGGAUGAAACUUUUACAUUUGAUGAUAAUAUGUCUCUUUAUGGAUCUAUUAUGAAUGACCCAAGCAAAGAUCCUGAUUGGAGAGAGGAUACUCCUAUCCAUAAAAGACUGCAGGCUCUAAAGUUUUCACAGAGUAUGAGAAAAAGAUGUAGUUCCAAUGAUGAAAAAUGUGCCUGUAUUGACAAUUGUGCUGAUGACUGCAAGUGUAUCAAUUCUUUUUUUUCUUGCAAUAAAAAUUGUCCUUGUGAUUUGAUUAACUGUUUAUCUUCCAAAAGAUUGAAACCAAUAUCUCGGAUUAUUGAUUUUAACUGUGAUGCACCAAAUCAAUCAACAACCUUUCACUGAACUUUGAUUGUCUACUGAAAUGGCUGUGAUGCAGUGGCAAAUUUAUGAUGUCUAAAUACUUAAUUUCUAUUUGUUUUUAGACAUGAAUUUCUUCUAAAUAUAAUUACUUUUUAUAUAUUUUAACAUUGUGAUAUUGUUUAUAUUUUAUAGUUUAUAACUGUUCAAAUCUAAUUAGUUAUUAAUCGAUCAGUAUUAUUGGAAUGCCUCUAUAUUUUACAGUGUUUUUUUUAAUUAGCCUAGUUGUAUCAUAAAAAUUAAAUACAAUCUAAUUAUUUUUAA